AGCCUGUCUAUAGGGGAAAAAAGAGGCUUCUGGUACUAUUAUAUGUUUGUCAUUUUCAAACUAUCGAUUGGUGCUAAGCAGGAUCCCACGGCUCACAUUUACCCUUGGGGAGCCAUCAAUCUAUAAGCAUCAAAUUCCCUUUGAAAUGUCCAAAUUUAGAACAAAGUUCCCUUUUUUGUUCCCUUAAAAUCUUGUUUAUUUUAGUCCUCUCCGCCACUAAAUGGCUAUAAGAACAUAGGAUUAGCCUGAGCGCAAUUUCAACCUUUUACACACUUUACAGAGAAUGGCAUCUGUCUCCUUCCGUCUGGCUUUCUACACGCGGUGCUCGACCAACACAAAAGGCAAGGAGAAGAACAAAAAGAAACUCAACUGUGUGAAAAUCAAUGGGACUAAGAGUUUUUCGCCGUCGAAAGUGGAUUUGUUGAGCCAAAAUAGUGGACUGGCUCUCACGUCUGUUGAUUCUGAAGCAAACGUCUAUAUCCCCAAAGAGCAGUUUCGACAAAAUAUUCCUACGAAGAAGCAGUUAGUCGAUCCAUUUCGCCAAGGGAUUAUCAUCGAGGAGGGAGUCGGAUACAGGCAGACCGUUGUUAUAAGGUCUUACGAAGUUGGACCUGAUAAAACUGCAAAAAUUGAGAGUAUUCUCAACCUGCUUCAGGAAACAGCAUUGAAUCAUGUAUGGAUGUCAGGGCUUCUUGGUGAUGGAUUUGGAGCUACCCAUGGAAUGAUGCGAAAUAAUCUCAUUUGGGUUGUUUCAAGAAUGCAAGUUCAAGUUGAUCAUUAUCCAAUCUGGGGUGAAGUAAUGGAGAUAGACACUUGGGUUGGAGCAUCAGGGAAAAAUGGAAUGAGGAGAGACUGGCUACUCCGAAGUCAAGCCACGGGCGUCAUUUUUGCACGUGCAACGAGUACGUGGGUGAUGAUGAACCAACAAACUCGGCGCCUAUCAAAAAUGCCAGAUGAGGUAAGGGCUGAACUUUCACCGUGGUUCAUUGAGAAACAAGCAAUUAAUGAAGAAAGCCACGAAAAAAUAGACAAGUUGGAUGAUAAAGCGCUUUAUGUGAACUCAGGCUUGAAGCCAAAGAGAAGUGAUUUGGACAUGAACCAACAUGUAAACAAUGUCAAGUAUGUUCGAUGGAUGCUCGAGGCAAUUCCUGAUGAAUUUUUGGAGAAUCACCAGCUCUCUAGCAUUACAUUGGAAUACAGAAGAGAAUGUGGGAGUUCAGAUGUAGUUCAAUCCCUUUGUGAGCCUCAUUAA